AUGGCGAGGAACGCAGAGUAUCUUUCGCCGGAAAUCGUGAACUGGGGUGUCGAGGAUUCCGGUCCGUAUGCUGGUUCUCCUAGUUUUCGUGUCAAAGUCAGGAGAGGGCUGCCGGAUUUUCUUAAUUCUGUGAACUUGAAAUAUGUGAAGCUUGGUUACGGCUAUCUUCUAAGCCAUGGCAUAUAUUGUGUGGCUGCUCCUGUUCUUUUAGCCACAUUUGGAACUCAAAUCUGGAAGUUAACUUGGACCACCUCAUUCCUGGAUUUUACUAACUUCUUGAAUUUAAUUGCUCUCUUAGUAUUCUUCUGCUCAGUUCUGUAUGUCUAUCUUGAUUUAACACCUCGUGCAACUUAUCUAGUCGAUUUUGCGUGUUAUCGUCCUCCAAAUGAACUCAAGAUAUCUAAGGAGGAAUUCACUGAUUUGGCGAAAAGAUCAGGAAAAUUCAGUGAUGCAGCAAUAGAAUUUCAGCAGCGUGUGCUCAAGAAUUCGGGCUUAGGCGAUGAGACAUACCUGCCAAGAAUAAUAUUCCAACCUGAUCAUAAAAUAACCUUAAGGGAUGGUAGGGAAGAGGCAUCGAUGUUAAUGUUUGGAGCAGUGGAUAAUCUCCUUGCUGCAACAAGAAUUCGCCCAGAGGACAUCAGGAUCCUUAUCGUAAACUGCGGAGUUUUAAAUCCCACCCCAUCUCUCUCAGCCAUGAUAAUCAAUCACUACAAGCUGAGCUAUAAGAUUCAAAGCUUCAAUCUUGGUGGAAUGGGCUGUGCUGCUGGUGUUACAGCUAUAGAUCUUGCCAAAGACCUCUUGAGUGCCUAUCCUGGAUCAUAUGCAUUGGUAGUCAGCAUUGAAGCUACGACCUUCACUUGGUAUGCUGGAAGAGAACUCGAUAUGCUUCUCCCUAAUUGCUUCUUUCGUAUGGGAUCUGCCGCAAUUUUGCUUUCCAAUCAUCUUACUGAUAGAUGGCGUUCUAAGUAUGAACUAAAACAGCUGGUCCGGACUCAUAAAGCAAUGGAUAGCAGAAGCUUUAAAAGCAUACAUCUCAAGGAAGAUGCAGAGGGUAAGAAAGGACUCUCAGUGAGCAAAGAUGUGAUUGAAGUUGGAGGUCAUGCACUCAAAGCAAACAUAACUACCCUUGGCCCUUUAGUCCUUCCUGUGUCUGAACAAUUCCAUUUCUUCACAUCUUUGCUGUUCAAGAAGAAGUCCAAGCCUUAUAUCCCUGACUACAAGCGGGCAUUUGAGCACGUUUGCAUACUCGCGACAAGCAAGAAAGUUCUUGAUGAAAUACAGAAAAAUUUGGAUCUGACCAAUGAAUAUAUGGAAGCAUCAAGAAGGACACUGGAGAGAUUUGGUAACACUUCAAGCAGUAGUGUCUGGUAUGAAUUGGCUUACUUGGAGGCUAACAAGAAGAUCAAAAGGGGUGAUAGAAUUUGGCAAAUUGCUUUGGGUUCAGGUUUCAAAUGCAACAGUGCUGUUUGGAAGGCUCUCAGAAAUGUUAAGCAACAGAAAAGAAAUCCAUGGAAUGAUGCUGAGGAUUAA